AUGGGAUCACUCAGUAUCAGCAUUCCUCACCUGAGACAAAAUGAGAAUUCCAAGCAGCUCAUCGUCAACGGGCGUCCGUUCCUCAUACGAGCAGGCGAACUUCAAAACUCUUCCUUGACAUCGGUCGAGUACAUGGAGCCAGUUUGGCAGAAGAUGGUCGACACAAACAUCAACACCUUGCUAGGCUGUGUGACCUGGGAGAUGAUAGAGCCCGAUGAAGAUGUUUUUGACUUUUCUAUUCUCGACGAGAUCAUUCUUGCAGCGCGAAAGCACUCGAUGCAUCUUGUCUUGCUCUGGUUCGGCUCAUUCAAAAACGGGCUUUCGACAUACGUGCCAUCAUGGGUCAAGCAGAACCCAAAUCGAUUUCCUCGAGCGAAACUACGCAAAGCUGGCGGUCGUCUUGAAACUGCUGAUGUCGUAUCACUCUUCCACCCUGAGUGUCGCAAGGCUGACGCUAAAGCGUUCGGUGCCCUUAUGAGGCAUUUACGGGAAUUCGAUAAGUCUCACUCCACUGUAAUUAUGGUUCAAGUCGAGAAUGAGAGUGGCCUGUUGGGCGAUUCACGUGAUGGGUCUGAACUGGCUGAACAGUCCUUUCGCCAACCUGUUCCACGGGAGCUGAUCGAAUUCUUCACUUCAAGCUGGGAACACCUUCACGAAGACAUCAAAAAGCACAACCUGGUCCAAUUCAACCCUGCAGGACUUGAAGGCGGCGACUGGGAGACAGUUUUCGGAUCAAGUCCACGUACCGAUGAACUGUUUAUGGCAUACCACUAUGCUCUCUACGUCAACCAAGUCGCAGGAGCUGGCAAAUCACAAUAUCCCAUUCCGCACUAUACUAAUAUGUGGAUGAACUAUGCCGGAGACGAUACGGACAACGACUUCCCGGUCGUCGUGGGCGGGGGAGGUAUGCCGGGUGAUUAUCCCUCAGGCGGUGCCGUGAGCAACGUCAUGGAUGUCUGGAUGCAUUUUGCGCCUAACCUGGAUUUCCUUGGUCCUGAUAUUUAUCUCAACGAUUACGACAAGUCCUGUGCGAAAUAUAGGCAUAGAAAUCAGCCGCUCUUUGUCCCGGAACAGCGACGGGAUGACUAUGGCGCUCGGCGUAUGUGGAUUGCCUAUGGAUCCUAUGCGGCGAUGGGCGUAGCUCCCUUUGGCGUUGAUACGGUAGACCCAGCCGAUAAUCCUUUCACCAAGCAUUACGGACUCCUCAAGUCAGUCUCAGCUAUUGUCCUUGAGGCCCAGCGUCAGCCCAACUCAUCUGUUGGCUUCUGCUUCGACGAGAUACCAACCGGCGCACCCAACAGUAUCUCGAAUCCCGUCAAGCGGAGCUGGGGAGAUUUCGACAUCGCGAUUGAACGAUGUUUCGUCUUUGGAAAGCCAGGAACAGGGGCAGGCAUGGUUAUUCAUCGAGGGCAUGGCAAGUUCCUGUUGAUCGGCUGGGGGUUCCAUGUUAGCGCAAAGAGUUCAUUACCCAACACAGCUUUCACGGGUAUCCUUAAAGUCGAGGAAAAGGCCGUCGAUGACGAGGAAACUGGCCGCUUACGAACAGUGCGUGUCUUGAACGGGGAUGAGACUAGAAGUGGCAGCUUUGCCAUGAUGCCCAACGAGGACCCUGACUAUGGCGGCUUUCCCAUAUCUGUCACUAUCCCAGCAAGGACAAUGAUUGCCGAGGUAACCUUUUACUCCAUCCAUGAGUAG